GUUCCAUACCUCCAUCUUUCGAUUUCAAUAUCCUCAUUUUCUCUUUUCUCCGCAAAAAAACAUCUCCAUCAUGCUGGGGACGCUGAAGGCUGCGCCCGGCAGCAGCCUAUCAACAGAUUACCCAAAGAGGAUAAAGUGGCUCUCGCGUUUCCGCCCGCGCGUUCCCAGCAGCUUCGUCUUCCUUCUAUCGCCCUUGCGUUGAUACUUGCCACCACCACUUGAUCAUGGUUCAGUAUUGCUUUUCUCUAUCUUGAUCUGUGAAGUCCAGUUGAUCUGUCACAAUUCGACCGUCCCCGUGAGUCUCUGCCACCAUGCAUCACUCUCAGCUGGCCCCGCUGCCGAAUGACCUGCCGUUUCGAAUCGUUUCCAAAACAAUCGGCCAGGGUGCCUACGCUUGCAUCAAAAAAGCAGUACCCUCCUACACAGACAAUCCCGUCUUCGCAGUCAAGUUCAUCCACAAAGAGUACGCCGCCCGUCAUGGCAAGGUCAGCCCGCGACAACUGCAAAUGGAGGCAACAGUUCACAAACAUAUUGGGGAUCACAACAACAUAAUAUCCUUCUUCCAAACUGGCGAGGACGACGUCUGGCGGUGGAUCGCCAUGGAGCUGGCCGAGGGUGGCGAUUUAUUCGACAAAAUCGAGGCUGACGAGGGCGUCGGCGAGGAUAUCGCGCAUGUGUACUUCUCACAGCUCAUCAGUGCCGUGGGAUACAUGCAUUCGAAGGGUGUGGGGCACCGGGACAUUAAGCCGGAGAACAUGCUGUUGACGGCCGAUGGGAAUCUGAAGAUCGCAGAUUUCGGGUUGGCAACGUUGUUUGAGUACAAGGGCGUGACAAAGUUAUCUACCACUUUCUGUGGGAGUCCGCCGUACAUUGCUCCUGAGGUGAUCUCGUGCAGUAGCAAGAAUAUGAUGAAAGGUACGGGCUACCGACCAGACCUGGUUGACAUUUGGUCCUGUGGGAUCGUCCUCUUUGUCCUCUUGGCUGGAAAUACCCCGUGGGAUAGUCCGACAGAGACCAGUUACGAAUUUCAGGAAUACCUUGCGACGAACGGGCGAACAUCCGAUGAGCUUUGGCAGCAGUUACCUACAGCGACUCUUUCACUACUGCGUGGCAUGCUGAAUAUCGACCCGACCAACCGGUUCUCCUUGGAAGAUGUGCGGAGGCAUCCCUGGUAUACGCGACCAAACAAAUACCUAUCUCGCAAUGGCACACUAAGGGAUCCCAUCAACUUGGCUACAACCAUGUUCGAGUCACUACAUAUCGAUUUCUCCCAGGAUCCCUUCGCUCGGCCCCAGGGAGGCAGUUUUGGUGGAGGGCGGAUGGACAUUGAUGUGGGCGAUGGCAUUGACUCGGAACAAAGGAUAUCUUCGACCCAACCGGAGAUGCCGAGGCCUGACAUGCUGGUCGAUUGGGACACGCCCCGAUUGGUAGAUGUGUUCUCGUCAACACAACCGCUGGGACGGCCAUUAUCCGACACGUCAGCACUCGACCAGCUGGAGGACGAGCCGUCCAUGUCACAGUUUUCUCCUCAUCCGUCCGUGCCGCUCAGUCGGACCCAGAAGGCUCAGCGGUUCCACGAUAUUGUGCCUUCACGUACUAUGACCCGAUUCUUCUCCACGUGGGAGCUUAAAAUAUUGGUCCCUCUCAUCUGCGAGGCUCUUCAUCGUAUUGGAGUUCCUGUUCCUACAGUUCCCGCCGUUUCUGCGGGAGACAGCGCGGCGAUGCUUCGAAUCGUUACCCGGGAUGGAAGGAUGUGUGCUCUGCAGGGCAAAGUUCUGAUCGAAUGUGUGUCGGAGGGCCUCUUUGAAAUAGAAUUCAUGAAAGUAAAGGGCGAUCCGCUGGAAUGGCGUCGGUUCUUCAAGAAGGUAGCCGUUCUCUGCAAGGAUGCCGUAUUCAAGCCCGACAACUAGGACGGGGUUGGAGACGGGGUAGCUUGGUCUCUUGACUAGGUACCUACGUUUUUGCAGUCGCUUCAUGUCUCAUGUCACGUCUGACGGUUAAUGUACGAGUAAUGCAAUUUAUAAUGAUUGGGUAUGGAAUGGGCAGGAAAGGGAAAUAGGUUAGCUGGCCAAUUGCCGGGGUUAAUUCUGGCUAAAAUUAAUAGUGCCACGAGAAUGGAAGGCUUCGGAGAAAAGUCAAAAAUCC